UGUCCAACACCUGUGAUUGCUGUUAAACUGCUCAAGUGGUGUUGGGAUUCCUGCUAAACAUGUGUAGUGGUUCUAAUUAAUGAACCGCUCUUCAUCUGAGCUUCAUCUGUUUACCAAGAAUAGAAACUUUAUCAUGUUUGUUUGUUGGAGCUAGCCAGGCAUCAUGGCAGUGUACACUCUGGAAGUGACUACAGGAAGCAUGCUGCAUGCAGGCACAUUUGAUAACUUGUAUGUUACCUUGAUUGGCACUGAGAGUCAAUCUAGGCGCACUCAACUGAGUUUUGGAUUGGAUAAUAAAACCGCAAAGGUGGGAAAGUGUUCUGUGACCACAAUUUUUUCUUUAGGAUGUCUUCUUCUCCUCAAGUUGGAAAAAGAUCCUUUCCUUGAAUCCCUGGAAAAGGAUUGGUUUUGUUCCAAGAUAAUGGUGAGGACACCGGAGGAGGACGAAAUUCUUUUCCCCUGUCACAGAUGGCUGUCCAGAGGAGGAUUUGUGUUGUUGAGAGGGGGGAGAGCUACAAAAGCUUUUGAAGAUCUCCAUCCACGACUAGUAGAGCAACGGAAAAAAGAAUUGGUCCAACAAAAAUUAAUGUUCAAAUGGGAUAAGUAUGCAGACGGAAUGUCGUACAACUUAAACCUCUAUGAUCCAACCGCUGUUCCUGCAGAAAUCAGCUUAUCAUUCUCAAAAGUAUUUCAAUUUAGAUACAUGCAACAAGCAGCAUCAGCUGAGCUCAAACUGAAAGGUGUGACAAAUUCUACUGAGCAGUGGGAAAGCUUUGAGGCCAUGAAGGGGUUCUCCUGGUUCAAAAAGUCUCCCUUGUCAGAGUAUGUGUCGCAGCAUUGGAAGGACGAUGACUUUUUUGGAUACCAGUUUCUUAAUGGACUGAACCCCUAUAUAAUCCAACGUUGCUCAAAGCUUCCCUCCAACUUCCCUGUAACAGAGGAAAUGAUGAAACCUUUUCUGGCAAACGGAAGCUCUUUGACUGCAGAGAUGAAGAAGGGCAAUAUAUUCAUUAGUGAUUACAAGAUCAUGGAAGGUCUGCCUACAAGAGUUAUUGAUGGUAAACCGGUACCUCUGACUGCUGCUCUCUGCCUGCUGUACCUAAAUCCAGAGAAGAAACUACUGCCCAUUGCUAUUCAGCUCGGUCAGCAGCCUUCAGAGGAGAACCCGAUUUUUCUGCCUAGCGACUUGGAGUCUGACUGGCUGCUGGCCAAGAUAUUUGUGAGGCAUGUAGAUGCCCUCUAUGCACAAUUGGUCACUCAUUUGCAGAAGACUCACCUACUGGCAGAAGUUUUUACAAUGGCGACACUUCGCAACCUCCCAAUAAUUCACCCCUUGUACAAGCUGCUGAUCCCCCAUCAUCGAAAUACCCUCUAUACAAACAUCGUUGCUCGUGUUACACUUUAUGGCCCUGGUAGAACUCUUGGAAAUUCUUCACUUGGAGGAGAUGGAUUCACGGAACUAAUGAGACGGAGCCUCUCCCAAACAACCUACACCUCCCUCUGCCUGCCUGAAAACAUUGCAGCUAGAGGACUGGAGUCCAUCCCAAACUUUUAUUACAGAGAUGAUGCACUGAGGCUGUGGAGCAUCACAAACAGCUUUGUCAAGGCAAUGGUGGCAUAUUAUUAUCCAUCUGACAGUGAAGUGUCUGCAGAUUCAGAGCUCCAGGAAUGGGUCAAUGAGAUCUUCUACUAUGGAUUUCUGGGAAAUGGUGACUCAGGAAUCCCUUCAAACUUUCAAACGGUGGAGGAACUUAUCAAGUUUGUCACUAUGGUGAUCUUCACGUCAUCAGCGCAGCAUUCUGCAGUGAACAGUGCACAGUUUGAUUUAAUAGGUUGGAUUCCCAAUGGUCCACUGUUGCUGCACCAAGCUCCACCAACAACAAAGGGACAGUCAAGCACGGAGGCCAUCUUGGCGACUCUGCCAAAUAAAUAUUCUGCAGGACUUUUUAUGUCAUUUGUGUGGCUGAUCAGCAGGAAAUAUGAUGAUUUUGUACCUCUGGGAACUUAUCCCGAGCAACGCUUUGAGUCUGCAGCUUUACAGAUGAUCAAGGAUUUUCAAGCAGAGCUGUCAUCCCUCAGUGUGGUUAUUACCAAGAGGAACUCAGAGCUUGAGCUGCCUUAUGAUUACUUGAACCCUAAAGAAAUAGACAACAGUGUAAAUAUUUGACCAGGAUCAUGUUUUCAACAACUAGCUUUGUUGUCAUAGCUUUGUUGUCCAGUGUCCUGCAAACAUUGUGUAUCUGCUGAGACAGUGAUUCCUGUACUGUAACUGACACUGUUGGCUUAACCUGAAAGUAAAGAUUCACACAUUUA